GGAGCCGUGCCUGUCGGCGAUGAAGAGAAGAAAGCGGGAAGGCGUCGACUGGGAUCACUCAGCCCCGUGGAAAGAGUGUGAGGAGCCCACACUGUUCCCUCCUCGGACCUACGACCGGCCGACUGCGUCCGAGUGCGGCGGCAUCUUCGAUGCCAGCGAGGCGGGUUACAUCACCUCCCCGGGCUAUCCGCUGGAGUACCCGCCGCACCAGAACUGUCACUGGAUCAUCACGGCGCCGGAGCCCUCGCAGCGCAUCGUCCUCAACUUCAACCCGCACUUUGAGAUCGAGAGGCUGGACUGCAAGUAUGACUUCAUCGAGAUCCGCGACGGGACUUCGGAAACGGCCGACGUCCUGGGCCGACACUGCAGCAACAUCGCGCCGGCGCCGAUCAUCUCCUCCGGCUCCUCCCUCCAGAUCAGAUUCGUCUCGGACUACGCCCACCAGGGGGCCGGCUUCUCCCUGCGCUACGAGAUCUUCAAAACAGGGUCGGAAUUCUGCUUCCGCAAUUUCACCAGCCCCUCCGGCAUGAUCGAGUCGCCGGGGUUUCCGGAUAAGUACCCGCACAACCUGGAGUGCUCCUACAUGAUCAUCGCCCCGCCCAGCAUGGACAUCACCCUCACGUUCCUGACCUUCGACCUGGAGAACGACCCCCUGCUGGUGGGAGAGGGCGACUGCAAGUACGACUGGCUCGACGUGUGGGAUGGUCUGCCACAAGUGGCUCCUCUGAUUGGCCGGUACUGUGGGACAAAGAUCCCCCCGGAGAUCCAGUCGUCCUCCGGCCUGCUGUCCCUCUCCUUCCACACCGACAUGGCCGUGGCCAAAGACGGCUUCUCCGCCCGCUACAACAUGACGCACAAAGAAGUCACAGACUCGUUCCACUGUAGCAUGGCACUAGGUAUGAAGUCGGGGAAGAUCAGCGACGAGCAAAUCACCGCCUCGACGAGCUUCUACGAUAACCGCUGGCUUCCACGACAGGCCCGCCUCAACAAUGACGACAACGCCUGGACGCCGUCGGAGGACAGCAACAAGGAGUAUAUACAGGUUGACCUCCAAUUCCUGAAGGUUUUGACUGGCAUCGCCACACAAGGGGCCGUUUCUAAGGAGACUCAGAAGUCCUACCACGUCACCACCUUCAAGCUGGAGGUCAGCACCAACGGAGAAGACUGGAUGGUGUACCGACACGGCAAGAACCACAAGAUUUUCCACGCCAACACAGACCCAGCUGAGGUGGUUCUGAACCGCGUCCCGCAGCCAGUUUUGGCCCGGUUCGUCCGCAUCCGACCACAGACCUGGAGGAACGGCAUCGCCCUGCGCUUCGAGCUCUAUGGAUGCCAGAUUACAGACGCUCCGUGUUCAGACCUGCAGGGCCUGCUGUCCGGCCUGCUACCUGACGCGCAGAUCUCCGCCUCCUCCAGCAGGGAUAUGGUGUGGAACCCCGCCACCACCCGACUGGUGGCCAGUCGCUCCGGCUGGUUUCCCGCCCCUGCACAGCCCCUGGCUGGAGAGGAGUGGCUGCAGGUGGACCUGGGUGUGCCCAAGACGGUGCGCGGCGUGAUCACCCAAGGAGCGAGGGGAGGAGAUGUCGGGAGCGGGGCGACCACGGAUAAUCGGGCAUUUGUGCGGAAGUACAAAGUGGCGCACAGCCUGAAUGCAAAAGAGUGGAAUUUCAUCAUGGACCGGAAGACGAGCCUGCCCAAGAUUUUCGAGGGGAACACACACUACGACACCCCGGAGCUUCGUCAUUUCGAGGAGACGGUGGCCCAGUACGUCAGGCUGUACCCGGAGAGGUGGUCUCCUGCAGGGAUCGGGAUGAGAGUGGAGAUACUGGGCUGUGACCUUCCAGAAACCACCACGCCGGCCGACACGGUCACGCCGACGCUGCCCGUCGACGUCGAGACCACCACUGUCCCCAUCACGGCGACAGCAGCUACCUCUCCUCCAUCCGACAGCUCGUGCGACUUCGACCGCGGCCUGUGCGGGUGGACGCACGACCCCAACGCCCCUCUCUUCUGGUCCCUGCACAGCCACGAGCUCAACAGCUACCUGUACAUGGACGCCAGCCCCGAGAUGGAGCAGCAGCAUGCGUGGCUCGUGAGCCCCAUGGUGCCGGCCGAAACCGGGCCCCUCUGCCUCCUCUUCUCCUAUCAGCUGUGGGGCGAGGCCGAGGGCCACCUGAGGGUCCUGCUGCGGGACGCGCACAACAAGGUGACCGUCCUCUGGAGACUGGUGGACGACCAGGGACCUGUCUGGAGGGAGGGCCGCACGAUCCUGCCUCGCUCGCCUAAAGACUUCCAGGUUGUGAUGGAGGCUUUCUUUGUGCACGGCACCAGAGGACACAUCUGGAUAGACAACAUCCAGAUGAGCUCCAGCACCCCGCUGAAAGAGUGUACACAACCCUUUGCUGCUUUUCCUCCAGAAAAUCCAGGGGGAGGCGUUCCUGUGCCUCCCUUGCCCAUCCACUGGUAUUACAUUAUGGCUGCCGGGGGCGCCCUCCUUCUCCUGGCGGUGGCCAUCUUGGUCAGAGCCCUCUGUUGCUGCCGACAACACCUGGCCACCAAGAAGAGCCAGCUGUCGGUGGCCUAUCACAGCUCCUCGCAGUGCUUCCAGUACUCUAACUGGUCCUCCAGUAUGGCCGCCCCAGGGGUGGAGCCAGUCCUGACAGUGAGACUGGACAGCCGGGACCGACACCGCACCCUCUGCUGAAAGAGGAAGCGCUUUAGCCGCGUUGCGUUUGGCAGAGGAGGACGGAAAAACUUGUGGUGCCAGUGGCAGUGUGUGAUGUGUGAUGCCGCAGGAUUGACAGAACAUCCACGUGACGACCCCCCCCCCCCCGUCUCUCCUUUAGUUUACAGUUGCGAGGGCGGCGACGACACAGACGUCGUCCCGAACUGCCAAGUGAACAUUUCCAAAGGAACACUGUGCCCUCUCUCCCUCUGUGUCUAAUGGAUGUAGCUUUGGUUGCUGUUUUCCUCUUUUGUUCCGUUAAAGGAGUUUGCUGUUGACAUUUCACACUAUGCUGCUCCUGAUGAGAGGCCCUGAAGUCUGAGUAAGUUAUUUAUCCGAACAGCUUGUUUCGGACCAUUGAGUGCCGUCUGGCUCCUCACGAUCCCGACGGUCCUCCUGGAACGACCCCAGCAUGGACGUACACUCGGACAUGUGUGGGCCGGGGAAGAGGUGGGGGUCAGGCUGGUUCCGCUGUGAGAGCCAGCCAGAGCUGCCAAACCGCGGGCAAAAAAACAAGACCCCGGAGACACGGGGAGCUCUGCAGCGCUGUGAGAGAGACGCUGGAGAAAACUGUGAGGCGGGGAGGCAUUCAUUGUGCGCGCGGUGGAAAUGAUCUGGCAAGCCCCCGGAAAAUAAAGCUCUCGGUAUCUCUGUAAUAACAACCAGAGAUGGCUGUGAUAUGAGUUGUACCAUGAGUGAGGCUGUUGUAACGGAGGGAGAAGAAAAAAAAAGUCCUUCCAUUGUCCUUUUACAUCAGCAUGUGCACAUUUAAAAAACAAAGGAAUGCAAAUCCAUCAUACUUAAAGUCCUGCAUCACAAAUGGAGAUAACCAGCUCCUUUGAUUGAGCGCCUUGCCUUCUCCCGAUAAAGGCAUCAGUCAGUGAUGGAUGCAGCCGUCUUCAGUGUUUAGUGUUUCAUCUUGAUUCUCUGGCGUAAUAAAGCACGUUGUUCCACUCCCAUUUAUGCCUCGUACCACCCACUCCCAUUGUUCCCCCGUGUCUUUAAGCUUCCCAGAUGCAGGCCACGCCGGGCCGAGCCGCGUUGUGCUUCCAGUGUGAAUAUGUGCUUGUUGUUUUUAGGGGGUUGUGUAUAGACUCAGCUGUCUGCCGUCGCCACUUCUUCCCUGAUUUAUACUCCUACAAAUCCCACAAUGCCGCUGCACCAGCUGGAAGCCAUAAGCGCAGUGUUCUUGCUGUAUACGUGCACUGAGAGAAAGAGAGAGAGAGAGAGAGAGAGAGAGAGAGAGAGAGAGAUCCAGGCGUUAUGAAAACCAGAGCAGAGAUCCAUCUUUCGAUGGUUCUUCCUUUAGUGCCAUAAGACGUCGUGGAUGGGUAUUAACAUAAAACAAGACAUAGCUGAUGACCUUCUCCCUACUAUUUAACCCAUCUGGGAUCUAACGGCCUGAAUCUGAAUGUGAAAUUUCCCACGUUACGACUGAUAAAAGACAAAUUGGUGCCAAUUUCUCUCUCAUCGGUCGGCGCAGAGGCGGCGGGAUUUGACACCGACUCGAGUAGAAACUGAGGUCUUUACUCUGCGGCUUAGCGGGGCGCGCUUCUUUCCCCGCGAUCUGUCACACCAGCAAAACAAAAUCCAUCACCUACGAGUACCACAGCUCAGCAGAAUGCAACUCAAUUUGAAAGCUGCACUUUUCUCCCCGGACUUAAAAUAAAGAGGGGUGGGGGGGGGGGGGUUUGUUGGCGUGCUCUCACAAUGAGCUUUUAAAUCAACCCGGGAGGAGGGAUCGGACGCCCCGUUUCGUCCACCCCGACACCGCUACGCCCCGAGCCGCUAAUAGUUGUAAUUAGUUAAUGGAGGGAUAACAUUUAUGAAGGGCUGCGCUAAGCACUUUUAUCCCCCAUCUACCACACCUCCACUGCCAACUUCAGUUGCCCUGGAAACAGCAUUAAUAACGGCCAUUGGCCGUCAAAGACCUCCACCCAUCUCGACGUGUGCCUUGCCAAGCAGCAACUCCCACUCCUGAACGCUUGCCAGGAGCAGCAGGCGCAAACACACACACUCACACACACACUCACACACAACAAAAAGUGAAAAUAAAACUCGUCUAAAGUAUAAUUACACUGGAGCUAUUGGUUUUUCCACACUUGAAUUGCAUAUAUAUAUAUAUAUACAUUUUCAAUCCACGUCGCCUGGCCGUUUCAUGUGUUUCACCAACCGGAAAGCGAGACUGUCACAAGCACUUCUUAAAUGUUGCCAUGAGUUCAUUUUAUUUUUUUCUAUGAUCGUCUUAUACACCACUCUUAAACUUGACAGCGACAGUGCCGAUGAUUUUAACGGUGAUAAUGAUGGGUUGUGUCGAUUACUCGUUGAUGACAAUGUUUGCAUCCUUAUUCACAUGGAAUGAGCAGUCUUAUACUAUCAGUAUGUUAUGUGAUGACUGUGCGUUUGACAGGAAUGUAUCAUAAUGAUCUUUCUCUAUUAAUAAAGUCAUAUUUUUCUAUUA